AAAUACGCAAAUAAACACUACCAAUUUUGCUUGCUGACUAUACAAUAUUAUUUCAGUUGAAAAGGGAACUACGGAUAUUAUAAUUGCGAUAUUUGCCAUAAAUACAAUUAAGCGGAAAAUAUAUUCUAAAAGCCUAAAGCAUGUUUCAAUUUAGUGGUUUCAAUAUGAUGUUCCCGGAGACAGGCCGAACCUUCAAGGCGUCUUACAAAUGUUUUUCAGUAUCCAUGUUACCAGGUAACGAGCGGGAGGAUGUAGAGAAUGGUGGUAAAAUAAUUAUGCCUCCUUCGGCUUUGGAUACAUUAACUCGCUUAAACGUUGAGUACCCAAUGUUAUUCAAAUUGAUAAACAAUAAAAAAGGUCGGCAUUCACAUGCUGGGGUUUUGGAAUUCGUGGCCGAUGAAGGAAAAUGUUACUUGCCUUAUUGGAUGAUGGAUAACUUAUUGUUAGAAGAGGGUGAUAUACUUACAAUUGAAAGUGUCUCGCUGCCAGUAGCGAAAUUCUCCAAAUUUCAGCCACACAGUACUGACUUUUUAGACAUCACUAAUCCGAAAGCUGUUCUGGAAAAUGCUUUACGUAACUUUGCUUGCUUAACAACUGGCGAUGUCAUAGCUAUCAAAUAUAACAAAAAAGUUUAUGAAUUGUGUGUUUUGGAAACAAAACCAGGUAAUGCAGUUAGCAUAAUAGAAUGCGACAUGAAUGUGGAAUUUGAGGCUCCUGUGGGCUACAAAGAUACAUCUGAGCAAGUGAAAGAAAAUAUACGAGACGAAGCGCCACAAGAUCAUAUUAUGGAAGAAGUGGUGGAAACUUUUAAAGGCUCGGGAGUACGUCUAGAUGGCAAAAAGAAAAAGGAAAAUCAGUUAGAUGCACCAGUAGUUAAAAAGGUUUUGGCUCGCGGUGUUCCAGAUUACGAUUAUAAAUUCGGUCUUUUAAGGUUCGAUCACUCAAUUAAGGCGAUUAGUGAUCGAGUAGCCGAGAACGAUACCAAUAUAAUUGAGAAUGAAGAAAGUUUCCAUGGUCAAGGCUUCUCCAUGAAAAAAUCACGCAAAUAAAUUGUUUUUAUAGUAAUUUUUAUUUAUAUUUAACUUUAUUGAAAUUAGAUAAUAAACGAAAUGGGAUGUUAAUA